AUGAGCACUACCGUCCCAUAUGAUCCAGAAGAUUUUGACAAUAAUCCAUUUAGCGAGCAGGUCAUAAAGACUGUAGAUGCAGGAAAGCAGCCUAAGUAUGCAAACCCCCAAGGGGGGCAAGGGCAUUCGUCAGUCACCGCUCCACUUCGACUACCUACUGACUCCAACCAAGAGCCUAGCUAUCACAUCACUACCAACGUAGAAAACGAGUUGGUUAUGCCAACAGAAACUGAGAUUCGUCGGUUUAUUCCUGAAAGGUUCAACCAGAAUCGUAGAAGUAUCUGCCUUGUGAUAACAGAUAUAGAGAAGAACGGCACUGAUUCAUCUGCCUUUAAAAAUCCGGAUAUUCGAAGGACCUACAAGGAACUAGAGAGUUUUGCCAAGUACCUGAAUAUCAACAAUAUUGAAGUGUUUGUUCCCGGAUUACCUAGCAUACCAACUCUUUAUAAUAUGGGAAGCCCUGAAUUCAAAUCAUCCGUUUCUAAGUUAUUGCAAGAGUGGAUGGAUAGAAUCACCAAGAAUCCCAUCCUGAUAAAAGAUCAUGAUUUCGUACUGUUCUUGGAGACCAACGACUUCUCUUACUCACCAACCAAGACAAUGAGUCAAAGUAUCGUUGCCACUGGGUUGAGAAGGAAAACUCUCAAGCAAUUAGCACCACCUUUUGAUGCAUGUCGAAGACUAGCUGAGUUCAGGCCUUUAGUCAAAUCUUUGUAUAUCGUAUCACAAAAACUUGUGUCCCUCUUGGAAAGAAUAGGGAAGUUGGAUAAGAACAUGAACGGCUUGUACUCAAUCUUCUAUAGGCAGCUACGUGAACUAUCAAUGGUCGAAGUGGAAGAAGACAUGCCAAGACUAUGGACAAAAUUAGAAAAAGUCAUGCAACUUUUCAAUGAGUUAGACUUGAUGAAACGUCUUAGUUACAACUCUGCAUUGAAUGAAUGCCUACUCCUUGUUAUUCGUGACUCAUUUACUAUCAAAGAGUCGCUGACAAAUAGGCAUUUGUUGAUGAGGGAACUUUCUCAGGCGAAGGAUUCUGCAAGGAAAAAAUUUGAGCAGGUGCAAAAGUUGAAGUCCAAGCCAAUCAUUGACACUUUGAAAGCGGACGAAGCGUCACAAUCAUUGGAGGCUGUUGUUGCUCUUGAAAAGGAACUAGAAUUCAAGGUGGAUCGCUUGACUUACAACAUGUUAAUUGAGUCUGAAGAAUACCUUAAUUACUUCACAGAAACCGUAAGAGCAUUGUUUCGAACACUAGCAUAUCAGCAAAUCCAGUUUGAACGUAAGAAACUUGCACUAUUAGCUAAUGCCAAACUAAUCGACGUUUCUCAUUCAUUGCAUAGGCUGGGCAGAGAAUCCUUGCCUUUGAGAAAAGAUCCUAAUCGAAUAGAGGCUUGGUCUGGUGGGUCUUCCUCUAGAAAUUCCACAGCUGAUGCUUCUUUUGAACGCGAUAUGCAAGAAUAUGAAACUUAUCUUGAUAAUGAUUUUGAUACUGUGCUCCCGGUGCUGAAUCCUUCAGCGCAGUCUUCAAAGAAAAAAGUUAGCACCCAGUCUGCAGGUAACAAUCUCACUGAGUUUAAUGCGAAGAAUGCUGCUAAUCUGCUCGGUGGCACGACAUUUUGA